AUGACUGUCACCAAAGCCGAGACCGAGUUCAAGAUCCCCGUCAUUGACGUCUCCGGGUAUCUACAAAAUGAUAAAGAAAGUCCAGACUCCAAAGAAGUAGUAGCAGCCAUUCGAUCUGCCUGCAAAGACCCCGGCUUCUUCCAAGUAACCGGUCACUCAGUACCGGCUGGUCUCCGAGACCAAACUCUCAAAAGCCUGCACGAAUUCUUUGCUCUGCCCGAGGAGGUGAAGUCGCAGAUCCACAGAACCGAUGAAAAUACAGUGGGAUAUGAAGUUGUCGGACAGCAGAAGGUUGAAGUCGGGGACCGAAAGGAGGGCUUCGUCUUCGGCCCUGAGCCGUUCCCUGCGCAAUUCACGAAAGUUAAGAACCAGUGGCUUGAAGACAGUGCUUGUCCUGGAUUCAAUGCCACACUUCAACAGUAUUACGAUGAAGUACGUAAGCUGAGCAAGUCGAUGUUCCGGUUGCUGGCGUUGAGUUUGGAUUUGGAGGAGACAUAUUUUGACGAGUUUGUUGCGAGUCAAGAGUCUUUGACCAUGUGUAAAGCUCAUAGAUACCCACCUACGACGAAGGAGAUGUCAACCCAGACGAAAGGUAUCGGCGCCCAUAGUGAUUUUGGUGCCUUAACUCUUUUGCUUCAAGAUGAAAUUGGCGGACUGGAGGUAUUAUACGAACCCGAAAACAAAUGGUAUCCAGUUCAAUAUGUGCCGGAUGCGUAUGUUGUAAACAUUGGUGAUAUGAUGGAGCGAUGGACUAACAACCGAUACAAAUCGACUAAACACCGCGUUAUCUCGCCAGUCUCCGGCAAGUAUCGAUUCAGCAUUGGAAUCUUCAACGAAGGACUGAUGCAUCAGUUGAUUGAAUGUAUCCCGACGUGCAUUGACAAGGGAGAGAAGCCAUUGCAUAAGCCCAUCCUGGCCGAAACGUAUCUGCGUGAAAGCCUCGCAGCGACAUAUGCUGUUGGUGCCUAA